AUGAUAACACUCAGGCGGCUUCUGUUCAGCUUCCUUACAAAAGCCUCUCGAGGGAGAGCAAUUGGGCUUCAGGUAGCUUAUCAUUUGCCACGACACCGCAUCAUUACACAACGAUCCUCAGUCUUGAAUCAGAUACGGCUAAAUUCCACUAGCGCAAAGGAAGAUCAGCCUUCAUUGGUCGAUCGACAAGGUUCAAAUGCGCAAGUAGAACCCUCCUCUGAUUUGUCUACGAAGGGUGGGAAGAUCCCUCGAUCCACGUUGUUCAAAGAUUUACUUAAGUUGAUAAAGUUGGCGAAACCAGAAUCCAAAUUAAUCAUGUUUGCAUUGUUAUGUUUGGCUAUUUCAUCAGCGACGACCAUGUCUUUGCCUUUGAUAAUUGGGAAAAUUAUAGACACGGCCAAACCGCUAGAUGAAGGAGAAGAUGAUGAAGAGAAAGAGGGUGACGCAAAAGAAGCCGAUGACAAGCAAUUGAUAUUUGGAUUGCCACCAACUCAAUUCUAUUCAGCAUUAGCUGUUGUAUUUGUUGUUGGGUCAAGUGCAAAUUUUGGUCGGAUUUACUUACUAAGAACUGUUGGCGAAAAGCUUGUUGCAAGAUUGAGAUCACGAUUGUUUUCGAAAAUUUUGGCUCAAGAUGCAUAUUUCUUUGAUAUUGGUCCUACCAAAUUGGGUAUGAAGACUGGUGAUUUAAUUUCCCGAAUUGCAAGCGAUACUCAAAUCAUAUCGAAAAGUUUGAGUAUGAAUAUUAGUGAUGGAAUGAGAAGUAUUAUCAGUGGGGUUGUGGGAUUAUCUAUGAUGUGUUAUGUGUCUUGGAAGUUGACGUUGUGUAUGAGUUUAUUGUUUCCACCCUUGAUUGCAAUGUCAUUUUUCUAUGGAAGACGAAUCAAGGCAUUGUCAAGGUUGAUCCAAGAAAAUAUAGGUGCAUUGACUAAGGUUACUGAAGAAAAGUUGAAUGGUGUCAAAGUUAUUCAAUCAUUUGCACAACAACAGUCAGUAGUACAUGGAUACAACAAGGAGAUAAAAAACAUUUUCAACAGCUCAUUAAGAGAGGGCAAACUUUCGGGUAUUUACUUCUCUGUAAAUGGAUUUCUUGGGAAUAUAACCAUGAUUGGAUUGUUGGUCAUUGGUACCAAGCUUAUCGGUAUGAAUGAAUUGACCAUUGGUGACUUGUCAAGCUUUAUGAUGUAUGCUGUGUACACUGGCUCAUCAGUUUUUGGGUUAGGUAAUUUUUAUACCGAAUUGAUGAAGGGAUUGGGAGCAGCAGAGAGAGUGUUUGAGUUGGUAGAGUACAAGCCAAAAAUCAUCAACAACAUCGGAAAGAAACUGCGUCUCAAAGGUGAAAUAGUCAUCAAGAAUGUUGACUUUACAUACCCUUCAAGACCGGAUGUUAUAUUUGAGAAUUUAAAUUUGCACAUAAAGGAAGGAGAAAAUAUAUGUCUAGUUGGGCCAUCUGGUAGUGGAAAGUCCACCAUUAGUCAGUUAAUAUUGCGUUUUUACGAUCCCAACAAUGGCCAAAUUACCGUAGGUGAUGAUUCGUGUACUGACAUUAAAGACUUGAACUUGAAUGACUACCGAAGACAACUAGGUUAUGUGCAACAAGAGCCACUAUUGUUCAGUGGUACGGUUAGGGAGAACGUGACUUUUGGUAAACAAGAUGCAACAGAGGAACAAAUAGACAAUGCAUUGGAGUUGAGUCAUUCUCUAGCAUUUGUCAAGAAUCUACCUGAUGGAUUGGAUACCAAAAUUGGCGCUUCUACUUCUACACAGUUGAGUGGGGGCCAAAAGCAGAGAAUUUCAUUGGCAAGAAGCUUGAUAAAAGAUCCAAAAAUUUUAAUUUUGGAUGAAGCCACUUCAGCCUUGGAUUCCAUCAGUGAGGAGCAGGUGAUGAAAAACUUGUCACGAUUGAAUAGAGAAAAAGGGGUUACAAUCAUUUCAAUUGCCCAUAGAUUGUCCACAAUAAAGAAUAGUGACAGGGUGGUUGUAUUUAAUGAAAAAGGUGAGAUUGUUGAAGAUGGUGAUUUUAACAAAUUACACUACGAUCGUAACAGUCAUUUCAACAAGUUAUUAAAAACCAACAAACUCGAGUAA